CUCAUUAAUGGAUGGGUGAAAUUCACGCACUCAGAUGGAUCUGCAUGGACUGCUGAGCAUAAAUAGGAUGGACUUUUCCUCGUCUUUGAUGUCGAUUUUCGCGUCAUUGAUAAGUACGUCUGAUUCUCAAUUUUGAGUCUCAAGUUGUUGUGAUCCUUAACUUGACUCAACUCUCUUGCUAGUCACUCAGGUGACACUGAUUCCUUAUCGACUAUUUCAGAGGACCAAGACCAGAUCAGUCACAAAGCAAACAAAAUGUCAAGUUUCUGGAACCCCAACUACAACGCUACCAGCAGUCACAGGAAGAGAAGGCCGAGAAACAAAGGCAAACAGCGAGAGGAAAACACGGCAAUACCAUUCUUUGGCUCUUCGACAUCAGCAUCACGACGGCAGCGACCGUCGUCAUCAUCAUCGUCAUCCUCUAGAUAUGAGGAAGAAGACCUAGUCCUGGUCAGACGCAAGGAUAGUCCACCGUGGUGGUGGCUGUUGUUGGUGGAAGGGACCUCGGGGGUUACGGUCAUGAAAGCUGCCAAGGACGAGCAUGGCAGUCGUCGCCGUCCCGGCCACAGGGUUCUCGAGCCACUUGUUGAGGGGAAAGUGGCCAGCUUUUUCCCGGCAAGGUUGGAUGAGGAGGAGUAGGUGUGAUGCCAAUGCACCUUUGUUUUUCUUUGUGUUGAAUGUUCCGAGGAGCAUGCACGGUUUAUACCGGCGAUAUGCCACUGAUGCGGGUGACGAGUCU